AGCCAGCAGGGGGAGUGUCAGGCCGGCCAUCACCGUCAUCAUUGCCUCUUCCCCGGCCACUCUCACUUCCAGGACAGCCGGGCCGGAGACCGAGAGAGGACGGGGACCGGGAGAGGACGGGGACCGGCGCUGUACGCUGAGAUCAGCACUAUGGGCACCCACCGGGAAGAUGUGGCCAUGAACGGGAUCGGGGAGAAUGCCCGCCUCCAUAAUGACGAGGGUAUACCUGAACGAGGCCGACGGGACCUGAAUAUGAACCAUUAUGCCAAUAAGAAGAGUGCUGCAGAAAGCAUGCUGGAUAUUGCUCUUCUGAUGGCCAAUGCGUCGCAACUGAAAGCUGUCAUUGAAGAGGGACCCUCUUUCGCGUACUAUGUACCCCUCAUUGUCCUGAUCUCCAUAUCUUUCAUCUUCCAGGUUUUCGUGGGAGUCCUGCUCAUAUUCAUUGUAAAGUACGAUCUCAAUAAUCCUGCCAGACACGCCUUGUUGGAUAAGCUGGAAAAUGCUGCUACUGCACUUGUGUUCAUUAUUGUUAUCGUCAACAUAUUGAUCACGGCGUUUGGUGUACAGAACUCAGCAGCUCCUGCAAAAGUAUAGAAUCCAACGUGAUGAGAGUCGUUUGAAAGCUAAAGCCAUGGGAUCACAAAGUACGCACUGUCCUCCGAGUCCACAAUUCAAUGUAUGGAAUUUAUAUGGACCACUUAGUCAAAUAUACGGCCCACUGGGAUUUUUUGGGCUCUUUUGAUCUGGCAUGCAGACAGAAGACGGAUCUAAAUUCCCAUAAACACAUCUGGAGUAAGUUUUUUAUUGAAAUAGAUCGACUUUCUCCUAAGGUUGUCAAGCGACUCUCCAUCACUCAGAAGAACCUAAUGCUGGAAACUCCACUUCUAUCCAUGGAACCAAAUGGAACACCACUUAUGUAGCAAUCAUUUCUGUCCAUUUAUAAGCAAACGUCUUCCACCAUCACUGGGCAUUUUAAACUUCAAACUUGGAGCAUGAUCACCAUAUUAAAUGCUGCAUGAACCCUGUAUGUAUCCCGUCCUGAUGGGAGAACAAUCUGCAAUAUCUCAUCAUAUUCUGUUUUCUGAUAGUCUCACCAUGUCUAAGCAUGAUGUAAAUGUAUCAUCGACGGACAUUUAACUGCUUAUAAUACAUUUUUAUGAUUUCAAGAGGGUGAUGAUCUAAACGUUCCAAUCAUUUCAAACACAGUAGUACCUUGGAUUACGAGAAUAAUCCUUUCAGGAGAAUGCUUGUAAUCCUAAACACUC